AUGGCGAAGAUAACUGCAAAGGAAACGGUGCUUAGACUCGACAAGAUCUUCACACGGCUGGGGUACCCACAAACGAUAACGCUAGACAACGCCAAGCAGUUCGUCGGUGUAGAAAUCCAAGAGUACUGCAAGACGCACGGCAUCUACCUGAAUCAUUCGGCUCCGUAUUGGCCACAGGAGAACGGUCUAGUGGAGAAGCAGAAUCGAUCGUUGCUGAAGAGGUUGAAGAUCAGCCACGCCCUGAAUAGAGAUUGGAAGCAGGAUCUACGGGAGUAUCUGGUCAUGUAUUACACUACUCCGCACUCGACCACCGGAAAGACACCAACCGAAAUGAUGUAUGGCCGGACGAUCCGCUCGAAGAUUCCGGCGAUCAGUGAUAUCGAUGGUGUCCCGUUGAACACAGAAGAGGCCGAUCGAGAUCGCAUCCUAAAACAAAAAGGGAAAGAGAACGAGGACGCCCGCCGUAAUGCACGGAGAUCAUCUAUCAGCACCGGGGACACCGUCCUAAUGCAGAAUCUUCUACCUGGGAACAAGCUGACUACGACAUUCAGUCCGACGGAGUACACAGUGGUGUCGCGCGAUGGACCUAGGGCGACGAUCCACGACUCGAGCAGCGGCAAAUCUUUUGAACGAAACGUCGCACACCUAAAACGGAUCGGAAAGCCUGUUGCUGAAGAUGAGUUCACAUGCGAGGCCGGGGCUGUGGAGAACUCCGUUGACGUGCGAGCGGGGGAUAUCGGCCACAGCAAUCCGAUCGUUGGCGACGAACUCCAAGUAUUUGUGGACAGCGAGGAACCGGAACCGGAACAACCGAGGAAGUCAAUACGACCGCUUAAAAAGCCAGCCAGAUGGGCUGACUAUGUUUCUUCGUGA